AUGUUGUCCCGUACUUCCAUUCGUGCUUACAGUUCCGUACCAAACGGUGUCAAAAUCUCAACAAAAGAGUCUGUCAAUGGCUUGACUAAACUUCAUGUCGUUGUUACCAAUGCAGGUGCCAAGGACGGUAAAUUUGGUACAUCACACUUGUUGUCAAAAUUUGCUUUCUUGAACAAUGGUGCCAAGUCUGCUUUACGUUUCACUAGAGAGUCAGAAUUGUUGGGUGGACACUUCAAAGGUCACGUUAAAAGAGAUGCUUUGGUUUUGAAAACAAAGUUUUUGAGAAAGGACUUGCCAUACUACGUUGAAGCUUUGGGAAAUGUACUCUCAAAUACUCAAUUCACUCCUCACGAAUUUGAAGAAGUUGUUUUGCCAUCCGCACUCGCAGAAGCCAAGGCUGCACACUCAGACUCACAUUUCACUGGAUUGGAAAAAUUGCAUGAAAUCACAUUCAGAAGAGGAUUGGGUGCUCCAUUAUACUACAACGAAUCCACUCCUAUCCAAGUUGAAGAAUUGGCUCAAUUUGCUCAAGAAAAUUUCACUGGAGAAAACAUCAAGAUAGUAGCACAAGGUGCUGACGAAGCCGACUUGACCAAAUUCGUUGAAGAGUCUGCAUUCUGCUACUUACCCAAAGGAUCCAAGGCACAAGCCACUACACCAGAAUUCCACAAGAAUGCUGAAGCCAGAAUACCAGCUACUGGAAAAUCCACUGCUUUGAUUGGUUUCCCAGUUAAGCCAGCUGAUUUCGCCAGAUACGAAACAUUGUCAGCCGCUAUUGGUACCUCCACUUUACCAACCUCUGUUGCUCCAUUGUUUAAGAUUCCUGGUGCCACUUCACACUUGUACAAAUACAAUGACGCUGGAUUGUUUGUGAUUUCAGUUUCAGGUAAGGCUGCUGAUGUCGCUCAAGGUAUCAGACAAGCCAAGAAAGUUGCUGAAUCAGUCACCUCAAGUGAUUUGAGCAAAGCCGUUAAAUCUGCAGAAUUGUCUAUUGCUUUACAGUCGAAAGUUGCACACCCAUUAGAGUUUAAACCAACUGCAGCUGAUGCUCCCGUUAAGGACUUUAACUACGUUGCUGUUGGUGAUUUGGAUGUCUUGCCAUUCGCUUCGGAGUUAUAG